AUGUACACGAACCGACUCCCCGGUAUCGCUGCCGCCCGCAACCGCGCUCUCGCCGAAUCAGUCGACGUCGAUCUCCUCGUGUUCAUCGACGACGACGAACGUCCCACAUCCGACUGGCUGACAGCACUGCUCGAAACCCGCAUACGCACCGGUGCCGGCGGAGUUGUCGGCCCGGUCGUGUCGGCAUUUGCGGCACCACUCGACCCCUGGAUCGCCGACGGCGGUUUCUUCGAUCGCCGACGCCUACCCACCGGCACCGAAGUGCGUGUGGCCGCGACAAACAACCUGCUCCUCGAUCUGCGUCUGGUCCGCUCGAUUUCGUUGCAGUUCGACGAAAGAUUCAGCGCAAGCGGCGGAUCCGACAGCUUGUUCACGCGCCGAUACACCGGAGCCGGUUUCACGCUGGUGUGGUGUGACGAGGCAGUGGUGACCGAUGUCAGUUCCAGCAGAACGGGCCACCCUCGACUGGGUAAUACGUCGACGCUAUCGAAUCGGAAACUCUUGGGCUCGUACGGAACUGGCACUCAUUUCGGGCAGUGCGCAGACCGUUCGGUUACGCGGAGCGCUGCUACUGGCCGGGGCGACCCGAGUGGCGGGCGGAACCGCUCGCGCGACGCUCGGCGUGUUGGGUCGCAGCCCCCG